AUGGGCCAGAAAUUAAUCCCGACACUCCAUAACCUGGACCACUCCGCGGCGUUCCGCUGCCUCUGGGCUCUGGAAGAGCUCAAAGAAGAGCGAGGCAUCAAAUACCACCUCAGGAACUACCCACGCCAAACGGGCCGGGCGCCGCCCGAGCUCCAAGAGCUAUUCCCCCUCGGCCGAUCGCCCAUCCUAACGCUCGAGACAACGGCGGAGGACGAACCCCCACCAACACUGCAAAUCAAGCCCGGUGUUCUCACCGAGGCCCUGCUGAUCCUGCGCUUCCUCAGCGACGAGUACGGCGCCGGGCUCUGGAAUCCGGAUAAUGAAGUCGACAUGAAGCGCAACGCGUACUUCGAGUCCUUCGCGAUGAUGAGCCUGCUCCCGCAUCUCCAAGUGCCCAUCGUCAUCGAGCUGGUCCAGCUGGCGACGCCACAGGAACAGCAGGGGGGCCCGUUUCUGCCGACUCUUCUGUCGAUGUGGAAGCAGACGUUCGCGCCCAUGUUCCAGCUCCUGGAAGAUGCGCUCGGCGAGGAGAAGCCGUGGUUUGCGGGGGGCAGGUUCGGGACGGCGGAUUUCAAUGUUUGCUGGUGCGUUGAUCUCGCGGCGCAGAGAGAAUACAUCGAUGCAGAUGCUUACCCGAAGGUCGUCGCGUGGCAUGAGCGGUGCAAGGCAAGAAAUGGAUAUAAGAGGGCGCUGGAAAAGGGGGGCGGGCAUUCCAGCGCGUCCUGCGUCACGCGCUCUUCUCUUGCCAUGCUCACUUCCAUACCCACCCUUCCUGGCGCCAAUGGCGGUGCCUUUAAGCUAGUUUCAGCACUUCCCGAUACCUACACGGACUUCAUCGCCUCUGGCGGACCUGAAGGAUACUCAUGGAAUGUGAUCCGCUCCGAAGCCGACAUGCUACUCUUCGAACACGCUAGCACCUGUGGUGCCAAGACCUUCGAUGAGGUUAAAGUCACCGGCAUCGAGUCCCAACCCCACAUAGACACGGAUGCUGCUUCGAAGUUCGACGGACCCAACCCCGGACGUCCUGUUGCGGCAACCUGGAAAGCGAAAGAUGAUACCUCGGGAAUCAUCGCCUUUGACUACUUAGUCGACGCUAGUGGAAGUAAGGGAAUUAUCAGUACCAAGUACUUGAAGAACCGCAAGUUCAACCAGGGACACAAGAAUGUCGCUAGCUGGGGAUACUGGAAAGGAGCUGGUGUUUACGGUGUCGGUACUUACAAGGAAAUAUCCAACACGGUCGAAUUCUGCUUCCAAUCCUAUACCGACAUUGACCCUGAGAAGAGAAAUCUGUUAAUCAAGAAGCUCAGGGCUCUCGGAAUCGAGGACAAAGUAGCUGGCCAGAUGAGCGUCCAAGUCAUCGAAGAAAUUGAAAAGGAUCUCACACCGGAAGAAUCGGCUAUCUUGGAUAUACUCCGUGGAAGACGGAUGAUUCAAGGCGAGGAUGCGGUAAACCUGCAAAACUUCACACUCGACUCUAUCGAUGGACUAGCCCCGAAUUUGGAACAAGGAAAACUCGGUUUCGUCAAAGCGAAGCCGGUUGGCAUCGUCAAGGCCCAGCACGUUUCUCUCGCAUACCACAUAAAGGGAACCCGUCCUGAUAUGCGAACUCAGAGAGGCGAGCCAGCUGCUCGGACUUAA